AUGGCAUCGGAAGCUGCGGAAAACUUGCCAGCUGAGUCUCCAUCGACUCCCCUGGCGGCUCUUUGGAUUGCGUUCCUUGUUUCCAUAUUCGUGGUCGCUGGUAUUGACUUCUGCUGCAUCAAUGGGUCUGGACGUUGUGCUUGCAUGCCUACGUAUGGCAAGCAGAUCUUACUCUGGGUGUUGGCUGGGCUUGGUUUUGCAGCCUUCGUUAUGCAGGUACUGGGAGCGGCGGCUGGAGGCAGUUGGAUGUAUGGUUACUUCCUGGAGUACAUGCUGUCGAUCGACAACUUGUUUGUCUUUCAGCUGGUCUUCAAGGGCUACUCUACUCCCGAGUGCCACGUGGAUAGGGCCCUUUUCUGGGGUAUCGUUGCCGCCGUGCUCCUUCGGCUGGGUUUCUUUGGCAUUGGCACAGAAAUCCUGCAGCUUGGGCUGGUGGCGAGGGUCUUUUUUGGCCUCCUCCUCAUGGUCUCUGGAUGGAAGGCGUUUUCCGAUUCGGAAGAGGAGGAUGAUCCAAGCAAGAAUCCUGCUGUGAGAUGUAUCGCCCGGCUUCUACCUUUGCACGACCAGUACUCCGAGCGUGCUGUCUUCUUCGUUUGGGUGCCCAGACACUCCACAAAGCAUCCCGCGGGGCCCACGGUGCUUGGCACGCCCGGGGCCGAUGUAGAUGGAAUCCGCCUGAAGGACAUGGUAGAUGGCGAAGAUGUCGAGGCUGAGAGGGUGGCGGAGAUGCAUUCCACGCAGCCCACGGUGUGCAAGGUGACCCCACUUUUCCUGGUGGUGCUCACCCUGGCCAUCAUCGAUGUCAUCUUUGCCGUUGAUAGUGUGACCGCAAAGAUAUCUUCGGUGGUGGGCUUUCAUCCCGAUGUGAGCUUCUUCUUGAAUCUCUCCUCAAGUGCCUUUGCCAUGUUCGUGCUUCGAAGCUUGUACCUGGUAGUCGACCUGCUGACGCACAUGUUCCGCUUCCUUCCGUACGGAGUUGGUGCUGUGCUGCUGUUCAUCGGGUUGAAGCUCAUCGUCUCGCAUUGGUUCGAGGUGGGCAUGCUGCUGUCGUCUGUGCUGAUUCUCAGUCUCCUGCUGCUUGCCAUCGUUGCCUCCGUGGUUUUUCCGAAAGCCGACGAGGAGGAUCCUCCACAGGCAGAAGACGAGGAGCCGGAGGCUGCUCCGAACACCCGUGGGCAUGAGGAAGCCCAAGGCCGGGUGCAACAGAGCGUCCGAAGCUUGCGUCCGAAGCCUGACGCAAUUUUCCCGAGUUGCACCUACCAGUGGAUGGAGUGCGCUCAGUUCUGCCUGCAAUUCCUCGUGCUGCUUGCCGCCUUACGGCGAUCCUUCUUUCAGAAGGAGCUGGGUCAGUGGAAUGGUGACGGUAGAGGGGGGCGGCAGCUGGUAGUUGCUUCUGGUGCGGAGGAGGAAGAUCGGACACGGCUCUUGGCCAGCAUGAUGCAGGGGACGACAGCCAUCCUUGCCUCCAAGAUGGGCUUGCAGGAACAUGCCUGCUACCAUGAGCUAUGCCGCCUUCUUGGAAAGAUCAACGCUACGCAUCAGCUUAAUGAGUUGUGUGCCAACGAACAGUUCCAGGCAUGGAUCGAGCAAGUCUAUGGCUUCACCAUGGAUAGCCUCCGGCGGUGGGAAGUGAUGCCGAACUCGAAGCACUACCUUCUGGGCUUUUGGGCUGCCAUGGUUAGUCCCGUGAUCCUGCUGCAGGACAAGGCUCCGAAAGCCCUCGAGAGCUUCAUCCAGCAGAUUCCACAGCCGCUAACUUUGAAAGAUCUUCGGGAAGGUGACC